UUCUGUUUUAAUGGUCACGCAUUACGUUUAUGUCCUCUUGUGUUUGGAAUGCAUGCCUAUGAAAGACACCUGGCAUUAGAGAACAAGGAUGACCCGGGCUUUGUACGAUACAUAUUCAGAUUUCUUCAGUAGGCUGAUGUAUAACGUGAUCCGUUGUGUUCCGAUCAAAAAAUACUGUCUCCGUGGAACCUUCCUACUUCAUGUAAAUUCUUGCUAACAUGGCCGUCCUGGCUGUACACAGUGGAACUUCGAUGGGCGUACCCGAUCUAGUGAGUUUAUAUCUAUGAGUCGGACUGCCUACAACACGCACGCCGACGUUCUAAGCUGGAGUGGCGUACUGCCGUCCUGCUGUAGCAAUUUCCCCGAAGAUGGCGGCGUGUAGACGUGUUCAGCUGCUCCUACUGUUGAUGUCUGUUUCGAUCUACGUAUGCCGCGUUCGCGGAGCUAAAUCGCAAGGCAAUGGCAACCUUAACGUUAAUGUUCCCUCGAACAACGGAGUUCCUCAAUUUCCAGGUGCAAUGGCACCUGCGGGAAAUCCUGUUCAGGCAGCCGGGGCCUCGCAGCCCCGUCGGGCGACCGGCUGGAAGCUGGCCGAAGAGGAGGCCUGUCGAGAGGACUUGACCCGGCUUUGCCCGAAGCACACCUGGAACAAUAACUUGGCCGUUCUGGAGUGUCUUCAGGAUAAAAAAGAGGAUUCGGAGAUCGCUUCUGACUGCAACCAUCUGCUGUGGAACUACAAGUACAACUUGACGACAGAUCCGAAGUUUGAGUCGGUGGCUGUGGAAGUGUGCAAGAGCACCAUCACCGAGAUCAAAGAAUGUGCGGACGAGGAGCGGGGGAAGGGCUACCUGGUGUCCUGCCUGGUGGACCACCGCGGCAACAUCACCGAGUACCAGUGCCACCAGUACAUCACCAAGAUGACCACCAUCGUCUUCAGCGACUACCGGCUCAUCUGCGGGUUCAUGGACAAGUGCCGGGAAGACAUCAACGCUCUCCACUGUGGGAGCAUCAGUGCCGGGGAAAAGGACAUCCACUCUCAGGGCGAGGUCAUUUCCUGUCUGGAGAAGGGCCUGGUGAAGGAGGCCGAGGACCAGGACGGGAGGCACGUCAUCAAGGAGGACUGCAAGAAGGCCAUCAUGCGCGUGGCAGAGCUCUCCUCCGACGACUUCCACCUGGACCGCUACCUGUACUUCUCCUGCCGGGAGGACCGCGAACGCUUCUGCGAAAACACCCAAGCUGGCGAGGGCAGGGUCUACAAGUGUCUCUUCAACCACAAGUUUGAGGAAGCCAUGUCUGAGAAGUGCCGAGACGCUCUCACCACCAGGCAGAAGCUGAUCGCCCAGGACUACAAGGUCAGCUACUCCCUGGCCAAGGCCUGCAAGGUGGACCUGCGCAAGUACCGCUGCAACGCCGACACCAACCUGCCCCGCGCGCGGGAGGCCCGCCUGUCCUACCUGCUGCUGUGCCUGGAGUCCGCCGUGCACAGAGGCCGCACGGUGAGCGGGGAGUGCCAGGGCGAGAUGCUGGACUACCGGCGCAUGCUGAUGGAGGACUUCUCCCUGAGCCCCGAGAUCGUGCUGCACUGCCGGGGCGAGAUCGAGACGCACUGCUCCGGCCUGCACCGCAAGGGCCGCACCCUGCACUGCCUGAUGCGCGUGGGCCGCGGCGACAAGGGCAACGUGGAGAACCUCUGCCAGCAAGCGCUCCAGAACCUGAUCCAGGAGGCGGACCCGGGGGCGGACUACCGCAUCGACCGGGCCCUGAACGAGGCCUGCGAGUCCGUCAUCCAGACGGCCUGCAAGCACAUCCGCAACGGAGACCCCAUGAUCCUCUCCUGCCUCAUGGAGCACCUGUACACAGAGAAGAUGGUGGAGGACUGUGAGCAUCGGCUCCUGGAGCUGCAGUACUUCAUCUCUCGAGACUGGAAGCUGGACCCCAUCCUGUACAGGAAGUGCCAGGGGGACGCCUCGCGGCUGUGCCACACCCACGGCUGGAACGAGACCAGCGAGAUGAUGCCCCCCGGCGCCAUCUUCUCCUGCCUGUACCGCCACGCGUACCGCACGGAGGAGCAGGGCCGACGGCUGUCGCGGGACUGUAAAGUGGAGGUGCAGAGGAUCCUGCACCAGAGGGCGCUGGACGUGAAGCUGGACCCCGAGCUGCAGAAGCGCUGCAUGACCGACCUGGGCAAGUGGUGCAGCGAGAAGACCGAAACGGGACAGGAGCUGGAAUGUCUGCAGGACCACCUGGAAGACCUGGUCUCAGACUGCAGGGAUGUGGUGGGAAACCUGACGGAGCUGGAGUCUGAGGACAUCCAGAUCGAAGCUCUGCUAAUGAGAGCCUGUGAGCCAGUGAUCCAGUCCCACUGCCACGAGGUUGCCGAUAACCAGGUCGACACGGGCGACCUGAUGGAGUGCCUGGUGCAGAACAAGCAUCAGAAGGAGAUGAACGACAAGUGCGUGGUUGGGGUCACCCACUUCCAGCUGAUUCAGAUGAAGGACUUCCGCUUCUCCUACAAGUUCAAGAUGGCCUGCAAGGAGGACGUGCUCAAGCUGUGCCCGAACAUCAAGAAGAAGGUGGAUGUGGUGAUCUGCCUCAGCACCACGGUGCGGAACGACACCCUGCAGGACGUGAAGGAGCAGCGCGUCUCUGUCAAGUGCCGCAAGCAGCUGCGCGUGGAGGAGCUGGAGAUGUCCGAGGACAUCCGCCUGGAGCCCGAGCUGUACGACUCGUGCAAGCAGGACAUCAGCAGACUGUGUCCCGACGUGGCUUUCGGGAACGCUCAGGUGAUCGAGUGCUUGAAGGAGAAUAAGAAGCAGCUAGCGUCGCGCUGCCACCAGAAGGUGUUCAAGCUGCAGGAGGUGGAGAUGAUGGACCCGGAGCUGGACUACCAGCUCAUGCGCGUGUGCAAGCAGAUGAUAAAGCGAUUCUGCACUGAGGCCGACGCCAAGAACAUGCUGCUGUGCCUGAAGCAGAACAAGAACAGCGAGCUGAUGGACCCCAAGUGCAAACAGAUGAUCACCAAGAGACAGAUCACCCAGAACACAGACUACAGAUUGAACCCUGUGUUGAGAAAGGCAUGCAAGGCGGACAUCCCCAAGUUCUGCCAGGGCAUCCUGAACAAGGCCACCGACGACAGCGAGCUGGAAGGCCAGGUCAUCUCCUGCCUCAAACUCAAAUACGCUGACCAGCGGCUCUCCCCGGACUGCGAGGACCAGAUCAGGGUGAUCCUGCAGGAGUCUGCCCUGGACUACAGGCUGGACCCCCAGCUGCAGGUGCACUGCACCGAGGAGAUCUCCCGGCUGUGCGCCGAAGAGGUGGCGGCCCAGGAGCAGACGGGCCAGGUGGAGGAGUGUCUCAAGGUCAACCUGCUCAAGAUCAAGCACGACACCUGCAAGAAGGAGGUGCUCAACAUGCUGAAGGAGAGUAAGGCCGAUAUUUUUGUGGACCCCGUCCUGCACACUGCCUGCGCCUUGGACAUCAAACACCACUGCGCUGCCAUCCCCCCUGGCCGGGGCCGUCAGAUGUCCUGUCUGAUGGAGGCACUUGCAGACAAGAGGGUACGUCUGCAGCCAGAGUGUAAGAAGAGGCUGCAGGAUCGCAUCGACAUGUGGAGCUAUGCAGCCAAGGUGGCGCCAGCUGAAGGGUUCUCAGACCUGGCCAUGCAAGUGAUGUCUUCGCCCUCCAAGAACUACAUCCUGUUCAUGAUUGCGCUGGGGGUGAGCAUCCUCUUCCUGGUGGGUCUCCUCUGCGGUCGCAUCACCAAGCGUGUGACACGGGAACUCAAAGACAGGUAGAGGGUGGUGUGAGCACCAAAAAAACCAGUCCCGCUCGGACGGCCCGACAACCCCCCUCCUCCUCCCUCCUCUUGCCCCCUAAUACCCCAGCUUGGCCCAAACACCACACCCCAGCCUCCUCAGCUUCUCUCUUGCCCAGAUUCGGAGGGGGCAGGGGGGUGGGGGGUGGGCGGCGGGGAGGGGGGUAGGGGGCUGCCACACAAGCUACAUAUCGCCAUGCCAUCCCAGGGCCAUAUUGGAAUUCCUGUGUUCCCCACUGACCCCCCCACACGCACCCCAUCCAUAUUCCUAAAUAGGACCACCCUCUCAAUGCAAGCAUUAGACCCCUCCUAGCCUAAGCCUCAAGGGAAGGAUGCUCCCUCCCUUGUCCCUUAGGGAACUCUGUGGUGAAGUGCUGCCUCGUGCGUUCAAGUCCUCCAUUGUGCAAAUCCGAAUCACUCCAGUCAACCGACAUUGACUUGACAGUGCAAGCGCAGUACCCAAGGAUAUUGUAUUUAUUUCACAGGUCUUUUUGUUCUAGAACUGGCUGUUCCCAUUUUGCUUUCUAUGCGAAGUACGUUCGUCGGGGGGGAGGGGGGUGUUGGGUGGGGGGUGGGAGGGUGUUUAAGGGCAGGGUUCAUUUUCAUAAAACAGUGCAUCUGUUGUACCCCCCCAUCUUUUUAUUUUUUAUCUUGUGGAGCGCCAUUUAAGUGGGCCCACCCAAGGACUUGGGGUUCUGGGGGAGGCCUGAAAGAGUUCUUGUUUUGAUUUUUCUUUGAAAGAUUCGCUAUGCCUGCCUUUUUUUUUUUUUUUAAUUAUUUUUUUGUGUUGCAAUUUUUUUUUUUUUUUUUUUAAUCACGAUUGAUCUAAAGGAAGGGGGUGUAGCAGAUAUUUGUACACCCUACUGAUCGCCAGGGGACUGCCAGGUGUUACAGAAGUGUGACCAUUCUCAUCUGAGCCAAUAGGAAUCUGCCGAAAGGGGGCGUGACCCUUAGGAAACGGCGGUGGCCCAGCGCGCAGUAGGCCUGCUCGUACGCGAUCAGGCGAGAGAUCAGCUAGCCCGGUUCCACGCUGCUCUUCCUCGGCGGGACCGCAGAGAGGCCGGGGUGGGUCGCUGUCGUUUGGCGUUUCUGCCCGCGCUCGAGUUGCAGCGUAAAGCUCGGGGCCUUCGGGAAAACUCCGGGAGGCUCCCAAAAACAGCCCCGUGUCGUGCACUGCGGUGGAAGGGGGGGCGUUUCCCGUUAUAGUAGUCCUCCUGGCGCUAAGGAGAGCUGUGACAGAAAAGGGGGGGUGGGUGGUGGGGGGGAGGGGGGGGGUGCCAAGAUGAGACACGGGGGAGCGGAGCUGCUCUGGCUUCCUACCGCAGACGGGACAGAACCCAAUAUUACCCACGCCCCUCUCCUGUGCUGCGAGUGGGCGACGAGCUGACCUGGAACCAGGCUGAAAAUGUUGUUUGUUGCAGUUUGCGAUUUGCAUCAGACUGUGUAUAAAAAAAAAAAGAAAUAAAAAAAAAAAAAAAGUGAAUCCGUUACAGAAUGGCACACUGGAACACUGCUUUUAAUGGCUCCAUCUGUCAGUCAGGCCGUUAGCAGACGCUGAACGGAUAGCGAUGGCUAGCGCAGGGCUAACGGGCUAACGGGCUGGCAGAGCCUGAGUCUGAUGAGGACCACGUCCAGGCCCUCCACACCUCGGUACAGAGAGCGGUCCGUUUUUUUCCUCCGCCGAGCCUGCAUGGACAUGUGUUAUGGCUAUUGUUGCUUUUGUUUUGUUUUGUUUUUUUCCCCCCGCAGAAUGGCAAGGAACACUGUUAAAAGAACCACAAAUUUUGUUUCAAAAAAGAAAAAAGAAAAAAAAGUCAACUGAAUUUUGGUAUAUGUGCAUCUUAGAAGUACUUUUUGAAUGCUAACAGAAUCAUUGCACAUUUUCUAUUUUGGUUUUUUAUAUGUAUUUUGUUUGGUCAUAGCCUUAUUUAUUGUUUACUAAUGAUUGGGUCUGAGUUUUUUAUUUUUUAAGUUCCUGUUGAAAUGUAUGCUCUCUUUUUGCCUUUACUCCCAUUUUGUCUGUGAACAUCUCUUCUGUUGGGCUGUUGGGGGCAACAGAGGGUGGCAGUUCUGCUCAUUUCAAGGGGCUGGUGACGCUCCUGGGGUAUUCUGGUUAGUGGGUUGAAUGAGGGUUUUUCAGUCUUGGUCUUGAGGAGAGGGGCAAUUGUGCAGGCCUUUUAAAUAAAGACGUACGUAGUACUUGAGCACACAGGCUUAUUUGGACGCGGGUAAGCCAACGAACACACUCAUUAAGCAGUCGUGGGGUUGAAGUGAAAGCUAACUGCAGGGGCGCGCUGGUCCCCUCCACCAGAUCAGUCCGGAUGUGCGGGUCUGUCCGCGCAGAGGUUGUUGCUGUCCUGCUCAUAUCUUCGGUUGGCACUUUUUUGUUUUUUUUAUUUUUGUUUUGUUCGUACAGUCCCGGCAUUAAGGCUUUAAUUACAGACGCGCGCACAUUUUGUGUUUCCUGUGCGGGUACGGGUGGUUUCCAUGGUUACUUAUCCGUGCCGUCAGGGUGCGUUAGAAACGGUGAGCGUCUCCUUCGCGCGCUCCCCGCCCGUCCCCUCUAGCCCCUCUGCUCGUCAGAGACCGAGCCAGAGGUGGACCGCAGAUCGGCAAGUACGGUGGACCCAGCGUGUUUUUCAUGGAAAGAGAUGAAAACUCACCGACCUACUUGCGUGCCCAACUUCAACAGCUGCGGCGACAGAUUCUCCAGACCCGUAAUGUCUGCUGGAGGCAUGGCUGCAUUUGGUGGACUGAUAUCACCUUGGACCUCUGGAACCGUAGGACUAAAAAAGAAAAAUAAAUAAAAAUCCCACAGUAUUGUUGGAAUUUGUAAAUGUUAAGAAUUUUUGUAUAGUCCAAACGAGCUGAUGGAGCCAUUUCAGUUUGGGUUUAUCUCCAGCCUUGCCUUGUGAUGAAGUCGCUUGUAGUAAUCAUAUCGGUGAACCGUGCAAAGAUUGUCAGCGUGUAUAUAGCUACACAAAAUUUUCAUCGGGGAAGGAUCCAUUGAGCCAAGCAAAAGGGGGUUUGUAUUUUGAGAUGGUGUAUACAAAUUUGACUUAUGUUUGAAUCAUGAAUGUCUAUUGCAUAUAUAUUACUCCCAGUGCAACUCAGAUCCUGUUGCUAUAAUAGGUCUUUUGUUUCUCUCCCCCCAAUCUGUUGUGCCUAUUAUCUUGGAUAACAUACAUUUUCAAUGGGUAACCUCCUGAAACAUUAUUUCUGUACACAAUCAAACCAACUUGUAAUGCCUAUGCUGUUGGACCAUUGUCAGCCACUGGCCAAUUCUGUUGUCGCACUGGAUUGUGCAAAGGACUGGAGUUUCAUGAGUAAGCAAGGGAUUUUUUUUUUUUUUUUUCAUUUGAUGUUUUGUUUCUGAUGCUUGUAUCUUCGAUUUGUCAAUCCAAUUGUAUAUACAACAUACUGGGCCACUGUCACACUCACCAGUGUUACAGCAAUUGCAAAAAAUUGCUGUUUUUUUUUUUUUUUUUAAACACAGUAAAUGGGACAUUUUGUUAAAUUUUUUUUUUUGCUCCAUUUUAAGAAACGUAUUUUUUCGCUGUGUUCUGGGCUUCCUAGUCAGCAGACCAUCCAACCCUGUACACCCGUUCUGCCGCGCUGUCUGACUCUGACCUUUUCAGUUGCUCAAAACCGCAAGGACUUCGAAUCCUUUCCCUUCGUUACGCCUCUGUGCCACAACCUGGGACCACCAGCCAGCCAUGACAGUUUGGGACACGGUCCUCUUAUUUGACAAAAAAUGCCCCCCGCUCCCCCCUCCCCCUUGCUGACAGGCUAGCAGGAGCCCCUGAUCUCCCUUGACACACACACACACACACUAACAAGGCAUCGAUUUGAAGGGGGCUGUUUAAUUUGUGGGCAGUGUCACCUCGCGCUCAAGGGUUGGUGGCAGCACUGUUGGACUGAAGGGAAAAGGCUUAAAAGAAGACUCUUUAAAAACCAGGAGCCAAAGUGGGAAAACUCAUCAUUGCUUUAAACCAGUCCUCCACAGCAUCCAGUACCAUUGGGACAUUCUGCAAAUCAGUAGUUACUGUCUUUGUCCAUUUAAAGUGAGAUUUCCUCAAGUAAAAAUUGAAAUGAUUAAUAAUGAUAAUAAUAAUGAUAAUUAUAAUAAUAAAAUCUGUUUUGUAAUUAUUUUUUUUCCUGUGUAUAAAGUCAUGGAUGAUGUGCUAUUCUUUUUGCUCUCUGAUAAUGCCAUGAAAUAUUGAGAUGUAACAGAUUAACAUUGUGCAUUUUUUUUCUUUUUCUUAAAUGUUUUUUUUUUUUGUUUUGUUUUCUGUACAGAUGAAAUUGGACAAUUUAUUAAUAAAAACAGUCUGCAGGUUUUCACAA